GACGCGCACGCGCCCCCCUCGUCAUCCGUCUCGUGUAACGAUUGCGCACAACUGCGUAAAUUGCUUAGUAAAACAAGCAUGAUCAUGUACGAUUGAGGCGCAAAUCUAUUCUGUAUUUACUGGUUACUAAUCCGGACGUUACGAGACUUGCAUAACAGCGAAUGAUAACUUUCCUCGUGGUCGCUUAUUUAACUGCGCGUCUGCUACACUGCGGCGAUGUGUCUUCUUGAGUCGGUAGAUGUCUCUAAACGCGGCAGCGUGGCCUAGUUCAUAAGGCUCUGUACAUGCGAGUUCACGGAAAUCUCCGUUUUGUUGGUGCUAAAUCUAAACCUAUAGUAUUAUAUAUAACAGGAGUGCGGUAAACAAUCAUGGGUAAAGACAGGAAGACUAAGAAAGACAAACUGGAUGAUGAUGACACCUUGGUGCAAGACCUGGAUAGUCUCACCAUUACUGACAAAGGAGGCGCUAAGAAAAAGGUGGACACCAGUGGCGACGGCCUCGAUGACGACAUGCCCGCCCGCAAGGGUAAGGCUAAGAAAGGCGCCAACAAGCUAGACGACAGCGACGAUGACGAGCCAGCCAAGCCUGCUAAAGGUCCAACUAGCAAAAAGGCGAAGGGUAAGAAGGGCCGUGGCGACGACGACAGCGAGGAGGAAGAGGAGGUUGUGAAGCCAGCCGGAAAGGCAAAGAAAGGCAAGAAGAAAAUGGCCGAGGACAGCGACGACGAAGUCGAACCCGUGAAACCUGCGCAAAAGGGGAAGAAGGGCAGAAAGAAAGGUGGAGACGAGAGCGAUGAGGAUGAGGAGAUCGCUAAGCCUGCCAAGGGAAAAAGGGGAAGAAGAAGGGAGACGACAGCGAGGACGACGAUGAGCCUGCCAAACCAGCAAAAGGAAAGAAGGGAAGGAAAAAAGGAGGCGAUGACAGCGACGAUGAGAACGAGGAGGAGUCCAAGCCGGCCAAAGGCAGGAAAGGCAGGAAAAAGGGAGACUGAGAGUGACGAAAACGAAGAAGAUGCGAAGCCCACUGCUAAGGCCAAAAAAGGAAAGAAGAAGGCAGGAGACGAGAGCGACGAUGAGGACGACGUCAAGCUGGCCAAGGGCAAGAAGGGGAAAAAGACGGCAGCGGGCGAUGAAAGCGAUGAAGAAGAGGCUAGACAGCCGGUCACCAAAGGGAAGAAGGGAAGAAAAAAGCGGGAGAUGAGAGUGAGGAUGAGGAGGAAGACAAGCUGCUAUUCUCUAAACGAAAACAAAAGAAGGGUAGAGGCCUGCUCGACGAGAGUGGUGAUGAGGAUGACGAGAUGCCUACUGCUCCUGCCUUGUCGAAGAAAAAGAAAAACAAGAAACAGAAGGACUCCGACGACGAAGAUGUGCCCAAGGCUCCCAAGAAAAAGAUGGGCGGUUUCGCACUCCUUGAUGUUGGUGAUGACGACUGACGACGUGGAGGAUGUGGAUAGUGCAAAGGAGGAUGUUGAAGAGCAGGAGGAGAAGGUUGUGAAAGAGGAGAAGAAAGAGAAAAAGAAGAAGGAGAAGAAGAAAAAGAAGAACCAGGAUGACGACGAGCUUGAGAAGAUGCUGGAAGAGCUCACACUGGAAAUCGAAGGCAAGAAACCGCCGCCCACGAAAGAGUCUCUCGCUGCUGCUGCUGCUGCUGCUGGUCAAGAAGGCGAAGAGGGUGAAGCCAAGGAGGCCAUGACUGGCAAGAAGAAGAAGAAAAAGGACAAGAAGGCUGCUGCCCAGGAUGAGCCUUUGGAAGGAGCUGAGGAGGCCAAGGAGCUCAAGGAUGAGGCAGCUGCACCUGCUGCAGAGUCGAAAAAGGCCAAAAAGAAAAAGAAAGAUGCGGCUAAAAAAGAAGCUGAAGCCGCCCCUACUGUUCCCAGCAAGGAAACGACGCCAGUUCCUGCAGCUGGGGAGGAGCCUGCUCCUGCAGAAGGGGCUGAAGGCGCUGAAGAAGAAGCAGGUGAUGGUAAGAAGAAAAAGAAGAAAAAGGAUGAAGAUGACAAGAAGAAGCAAAAAAAGCCUGGCUCCAAGCAGAUUGCUGCUAUUCAAGAGCACCUGAGGAAGCUAAAGGAGGAAGAGGAGAGAAGGAAACAAGAAGAAGAAGAGAAAAUCAAAGCCGAGGAGGAAGCUGAAAGGUUGCGAGAGGAGAAGCUGAAGCAGGAGCAGGAGCGCAAGGAACGCAAGAAGCAGAAAGAGAAAGAGCGGCGGGAGCGUGCCAAGGCUGAGGGACGGCUGCUCACCAAGGCACAGAAAAUGGCGCGGGCCCGCAUGGAGGCCACGCUUAAGACACUCAAGGAGCAAGGCAUAGAGGUGCCGCAGAUAGGAGAGAAGAAGGAGAAGACCUCGCGCACCAUGGACCGCCGCAACAGGAACCAACGCAAGAAGCCUGAGGAAGAGGAGAAGAAAGUGGACGAGACGGUUCCCCAAGUACAGCUGGAAAUUUUGGGACCAGACACCACGGCAGCCACUGAGCAAAAGGAGAUGUCGCCCACAGAGCCACCUCCAGAGGAGAAGGAGGAUGUGAAGGAUGCCUGGGACGAGACCUCGUCUGAGGAGGAAGACGACGAAGAGGAGACGAUUGAAGAGAAGAUGAAAAUGGACAUCAAGGUUCAGGUCAAAACUGAAGCUCCCAAGAAGGCUGUGGCCCAAAAAAAGGCCCCCCAACCUGCCAAGAAGCGGAACGAAUCUUCCUCUUCCGAGUCUGAUGACGACGAGUCCUCAUCUGAGGAGUCCUCUGAUGAAGACAGCAGCGAGAGUGAGGAUGACAAGUCUCAUUCCAAGGAGAAAGUGAUCGCAAGGCUAAGGAAACUAAGAGAGGAAGCUGAGAAAAAGCGUACAGUGGACAACCUUCGGUCACCGGUCAUUUGCGUCCUAGGGCAUGUAGACACGGGCAAGACAAAGAUUUUAGACACGAUUCGGCAUACUCAUGUCCAGGACAGUGAAGCUGGUGGCAUUACUCAACAGAUUGGUGCUACCAUGGUUCUAGAUGCCAUCAAGGAACAAUGCAAGAUGGUCAAAGAGUUUUCAAACAAGCCAUUGAAGAUUCCUGGCCUCCUAAUUAUUGACACUCCCGGUCACGAGUCGUUCAGCAACCUGCGUUCGCGUGGCUCUUCACUGUGUGACAUGGCAAUCCUAGUGGUCGACCUGAUGCAUGGCCUGGAACCACAGACCAUUGAGUCACUAAACAUGCUGCGCUCUCGCAAGACACCGUUUGUCGUGGCACUGAACAAGGUGGACCGUCUGUACGACUGGAAGGGCAACCGCAACAAGGACAUCACGGACGUGCUCAAGGCCCAGUCGCGAAACACGCGUCUCGAAUUUGAGGAGCGCACUCGCGAGGUCGUCCUACAGUUUGCUGAACAGGGUCUCAAUGCUGCUCUGUUCCAUGAGAACAAGGACUUGAAAUCCUUUGUCUCCCUGGUGCCGACCUCUGCUCUGAGCGGCGAUGGCAUGGGCAACCUCAUCAGCCUUAUUGUGGACCUCACGCAGAACAUGAUGGCCAAGCGCAUUGCCUUCUCCGAGGAACUCCAGGCCACCGUGCUAGAGGUAAAAGCUAUCCCCGGCUUGGGCACAACCAUCGACGUGAUUCUGGUGAAUGGGACUCUCCGCGAGGGUGACACCAUGGUGCUUGCUGGCCACGAGGGCCCGUUCACGACUCCCAUCCGGUCAUUGCUCAUGCCACAGCCGAUGAAAGAGUUGCGGGUGAAGAACCCCUACCAAGAGUACAAGGAAGUGAAGGGUGCCCAGGGAGUGAAAAUUGCUGCUAAAGAUCUGGACAAGGCCAUAGCUGGACUACAGGUCCUGGUCGCCAAGCAUCCGGAUGAGGUUGAAGUGCUCAAGGAAGAAGUUGCUCGUGCAUUGAAGGAGGUGAUGAGUGGCUUCAAGCUGGCUGAACGAGGUGUCUACGUCCAAGCAUCAACACUAGGUUCUUUAGAAGCUUUACUUGAGUUUCUUAGGGUUUCUAAAAUUCCAUAUUCUGGCAUCAGGAUAGGUCCUGUUGUCAAAAAGGAUGUUAUGAAGGCUUCUAUCAUGUUGGAACAUGAUAACCAGUACGCUGUGAUCUUGGCCUUUGACGUGAAGAUAGAACGAGACGCGCAAGAGCUGGCCGAUUCACUCGGGGUGAAGAUUUUCCAGGCUGACAUCAUUUACCACUUGUUCGACAAGUUCACUGCCCACAGAGAAGAGCUCCGCCAGAAGAAGCGUGAGGAGUUCAAGUCCGUAGCCGUGUUCCCCUGCCGGCUGCGCAUUCUGCCCCAGUUUGUGUUCAACUCCCGUGACCCCAUCGUUGUUGGUGUGUCCGUUGAGGCUGGCAUCGUCAAGGAAGGCACGCCGCUCUGCGUCCCCUCCAAGGAAUUCCUGGAUAUUGGCAUAGUGACCACCAUCGAAGUAAACCACAAGACUAUCGAGUCUGCCCGCAAAGGCCAAGAAGUGUGCAUCAAAAUUGAGCCCCUUGGUGGAGAGGCGCCGAAGAUGUAUGGCCGACACUUCGACCACACCGACUUCCUUGUUAGCAAGAUAUCACGUGCAUCAAUAGACGCCUGCAAGGAGUACUUCAGAGACGACCUCGUCAAAACGGACUGGCAGCUCAUGGUAGAACUGAAGAAGUUGUUCCAGAUUCUAUGAUCACUGUGGAAUGACAUAUGCACACUCAAGGCACCUGCCCAUCGUCUCCAUCUCAGCUGGCUGAUGAGCGCUCAAGACGACGAGAAGAAAGUGUGAAAAAAGACUCGUAGGGACUGCCGCCUGCCGCCAGCAUCAUUGCUGUGUGGCAGUUGUGAUUUCUGAAGUGGCCAAAGGGACCGUUCUUUGUUUCGGCUUACAGCAGCAGUGACUGUGACUGUAACUAGUGUGCAGUUGAAAUUAAGAGUACACCCCGAUUGCCUCUCGUGCCGAUGCAGGCGUCGCAUUGCAGCGUGCAACGGCACGAGUUUGCAGCGCACAAUGGCCCGAGUUGUUGGCUGCAAGUGGUGUGAAAGACUAGUUGCAGCAGAGAGAAUGGUGAGUGUAGGUCGAUCACGACUUACCGUAUGCAAGGUGCGAGACUUAACGAGACAAUUGUUCUUGCACACUGUUUGUUGCACUUUUUGUAUAACAGCCACACAUAGCUCGCUGUUGCUGAUGCAUUCACCUGGGUGGGUAAGAGGCAUAGCCAUGCAUAUUUAUGAAAAGCCCGGGAUACCUUUUUAUUGGGAUGGUUUCUUAUUUCCUUUUUUUACCUAAUUUAAAUGCUUAAGGCUUUCUUGUUGAUGCGCAAGUUAUGUUCUCACCACUGGAAAUGUAACAGAACUUUAGAAAAGUGGGGGGUGGGAAAGAAAAAAAUGCUUUGCUGCAACAGAGGCUGUCACAUUAUCUCACGUCGUUGAAAUGGAGGGAAAGAAGCAGGAUCAUAUUGUCUCGUCUUAGCCCGAAUAUUUUUGUUAAGUCUUAUGUUACAUGACCGUUGUUGUGGCCACUAAAAAAAAUCUGACAUUUGGAAUUUUUUAUCUCGAAACAUUUAAAUGGGAAGUAUACAUUUCUGCAGUAUUCACUGUUUCCAUGCUGUUCUCGUUUUGUCUACACUGGCUGAACAGAAUUGUGGCCCAACAGCCUUUUUUUUUCUUUUUGUCAUUGUGAAGUGUAGUGCUUGUCCACAUUGUGGUCUGCAAUGCUAAGGCCCAUGUUCAGAAACCAUUUGCAAUUUAGGACACGGAUUUUAAUCUAAUGUAGUUGAAAGGCAGAGCUAGUGCUCACAUUACGCUUGUACCGGCAUUGUUUCCUGGUUCACUGUGGAAUUUCGUACAGCAAAACAUUUUUAUAAACCCUGUUUGGUGUAGAAGGAAGUGAGUGCUAAGCUUUUUCUUUUGCUUCAUGCUUUUGAUUAAAAUCGAUGAUUCAGGAACAAUAGCAGUUCAAACAAGGAUAUUAAAUUAAAGAUCAUUAAGUUUUGUAUUGUAAAACAAUGUAUUGUUUUAAUCUGUGCCACUAUUAAUGAGAAACGGAAUGAAUUACCAGUCAAAGGAAAAUAUCAGAACCCUUCAGCUAGUUGUGCAGACAUGCAAGAAAACAUGUUAAGAAAACUGUUGCUUGAAGGUGACCGAUUUGUUUUGCAAGCAUGCAAAUAAAUUAUCUCUCGCAAGUU